GACGGGUCCUCACAUUUUGAAUAUAUUUAUAUGCAAAUUAAAGAAUUUGGCACAACUAGACCUUUUCGAUGACCCCCUGCCAAAAAUGCAGCCAAAAUAGUUGUAGCUGUAAAGUUUGAUGCCGAAGAUCCUCUCCUUCUUCACAAGCUCGAAGGUCAGGUUCAAGUCGUGGCUCGCCUGAUAUUUGAAAAAGCCAACACCGUGCGUCAUCGGGUAUGGCAAAAGCGCAGUUUUGUACGCUUAUUCGUCGUUGCUGAAGAAGAUCAGGUACAGAUUGUGCCGUUGACGAAGCUAGGCGAGAAUAAACGGAAUUCGAUCGUGAAAGACGUCGCGGGCGCAAAGCCUGUAUAGACCGAUGCCGACACGCAUCUCAAGGCGAGUUUCGGAUGCCUUCUCAGCUUUAAUCAGUAACCAACUCCCUCUACGAAGUUAGUUACCUCUAUUAAUAAUCUAGAAUCGAGAGAUAUGAAGUCUGCGACGGAAAAUACGCACACGUACUAAUAAGCCCUGAGCAAGCUAUCAGCGCCGAAUUCAAGGCCGUUUAGAGAGACCCGGGCUUCCAUAAACGGAUCGGGCUUUUCGCAUUGACGAGCUACACAUGGUCGGGGAAUGGAGAGAAAUCGGGGAGGAAUUUACAUAGCUGCAUUCUUUGAGGGCCUUGUUGGCUCGCGGUUCCUUGGUUUGGUUGAAGAGCCUCUCGUGCGAGGGUAUAUCUUUAUACCCUCAAGUAUGCCGGCUUCGAUCAACAUCGCCUCAAAAUCAUCAGGACCUCUGUUGAUAGGCCGGAAAUCUCCGUCGUUGUACAACUCUCGUGCGAGGGUAUAUCAAUGACUUUAGGCGCCUGGAUUUUCUUCUCGCGGGAGCAACAAGCGCCACGGUCAAGGAGAUUCUAAAGAUCAUCGUUUAUAUCGACAGCAAGUCGAGGCUCUUGGAAGCUCGGUAUUUCUCAUGCCGGUAUACACAAGAAGUGUGUGGAAGCUCGAUAUUUCUCAUGCCGUUAUGCACAAGAAGUGUGUGGAAGCUCGGUAUUCCUGUUGUUAUGCACAAGAAGUGUGUAGAAGCUCGGUAUUCCUCAUGCCGUAUUCAAGAAGUGUGUGGUUUUCGAAAGAGUUUUCUAGAAAGGUUAUCCAGCGUUACGACGCUGAUGUCUGCGAUGCUGAUAAAGACGUCAUUUUCAAUAGCUUCGCCUAGAUCGAUACAGACUGCCAUAUUGUGAGGCGACGGUCUCUCUUAAUGGGAAUAGAUCUUCCUGACAUUAUUCGCGUGGUCUAAUUUGGCCUGCCUCGCACCCCGAGCUCGUUAACAGAACACGCCCGCCGUUACAAGCCGGCUUCAAACGAUGACUUAGUCGACCGGGAUCCUGAAGACGAUGAGGCUGCUAGCCAGGCCAGUCAAGGAAGUCAGCUCAGUCAAACAUUAC